GCCCGUCGGGACGGAAGAGACAAGAUGGCGCUACGGACGAUGCGGGGGAUCGUGAACGGGGCCGCGACCGAGCUCCCCAUGCCCACCGGCGGGCCGGCGGCGGGGGCGCGGGAGCAGGCACUGGCGAUCACCCGGAACUACCUCUCUCAGCCCCGCCUCACGUACAAGACCGUGUCCGGCGUCAAUGGCCCGCUGGUGAUCUUGGACCAUGUCAAGUUUCCCAGGUACGCUGAAAUUGUCCACUUGACGUUACCAGACGGUACCAAGCGAAGCGGGCAAGUCCUAGAAGUUAGUGGCUCCAAAGCCGUGGUUCAGGUGUUUGAAGGGACGUCAGGUAUCGAUGCCAAGAAGACGUCCUGCGAGUUCACCGGGGACAUCCUGCGAACGCCCGUGUCCGAGGAUAUGCUCGGUCGCGUGUUCAAUGGAUCGGGCAAGCCCAUCGACAGGGGCCCUGUGGUCCUGGCUGAAGACUUCCUGGACAUCAUGGGCCAGCCCAUCAACCCUCAGUGUCGAAUCUACCCCGAGGAGAUGAUCCAGACGGGCAUCUCGGCCAUCGAUGGCAUGAACAGCAUCGCCAGGGGCCAGAAGAUCCCCAUCUUCUCGGCCGCCGGGCUGCCACACAAUGAGAUUGCAGCUCAGAUCUGUCGCCAGGCUGGUUUGGUAAAGAAAUCCAAAGACGUUGUGGAUUACAGUGAGGAGAACUUCGCCAUUGUCUUUGCUGCCAUGGGGGUAAACAUGGAAACGGCCCGGUUCUUCAAGUCUGACUUUGAAGAAAAUGGCUCCAUGGACAAUGUCUGCCUCUUUCUGAACUUGGCUAAUGACCCGACCAUCGAGCGGAUCAUCACGCCUCGCCUGGCUCUGACCACCGCAGAGUUCCUCGCGUACCAGUGUGAGAAGCACGUGCUGGUCAUCCUGACAGACAUGAGCUCCUACGCCGAAGCGCUCCGAGAGGUGUCUGCAGCCAGGGAGGAGGUUCCUGGCCGCCGCGGAUUCCCGGGCUACAUGUACACAGAUUUAGCCACCAUCUACGAGCGCGCAGGGCGGGUGGAAGGCCGGAACGGCUCCAUCACCCAGAUCCCCAUCCUCACGAUGCCCAAUGACGAUAUCACCCACCCCAUCCCUGACUUGACCGGGUACAUCACAGAAGGCCAGAUCUACGUGGACAGACAGCUGCACAACCGACAGAUUUACCCGCCCAUCAACGUGCUGCCUUCCUUGUCGCGGCUGAUGAAGUCGGCCAUCGGGGAAGGGAUGACCAGGAAGGACCACGCCGACGUCUCCAACCAGCUGUACGCGUGCUACGCCAUUGGGAAGGAUGUACAAGCCAUGAAAGCCGUGGUUGGAGAAGAGGCGCUCACCUCAGACGACCUGCUGUACCUGGAGUUCCUGCAGAAGUUUGAGAAGAACUUUAUUUCUCAGGGUCCCUACGAAAACCGCACCGUCUACGAGACGCUGGACAUCGGCUGGCAGCUGCUCCGAAUCUUCCCCAAGGAGAUGCUCAAGAGGAUUCCUCAGAGCACCCUGAGCGAGUUCUACCCCCGAGACUCGGCCAAGCACUAGCUGCCGCUCCGUCCCUGCCCGCCCCGUGUGGGCUUCUCGUGAAAUACCGGUUCCGUUUCUGCAUUCCUUCCACACUCCUCCUCCAGUCCCCCAGCUGGCUGUGGCAGGUCACGCCUUCCCGUGUCAUUAAAGGUGACGUUUUGUGCUGGUGUUGCGAUGUGAUCAGCUGCUGCCAGGCCUUCAAGUCACCCACUUCCAGACCAGGGCGUGGGGGGCGCUCGGUGGAGCAGCCCCGUGGGGCCGGGGCAAGCUUUCCCCUGACGUGUUUGUGCACAGUGGUGUCUUUCCUUCAUUACCCAGAGCAUCCUCGUCCUGGGUUGUCGCUGUCUGAACCUGCAGUGUGUGAGGUCUCUGCACACACUGGGCCAGGAGCAGGUGCCCAGCAUGGGCCGGGAGCUCUGUGCCCAGGACAGGCCGGGAGCAGCUCUGUGCCCAGCACUUUGGGCUGCUGGUGCUGUGAGUUUACGCACCUGCUCUCGGUGUGUGGUUCUGUAACUGUUGCUUGCUCUCCUCCUGGCGGCUUAACCUGCUUAGGAGGCGCGUGCCUGGGGUGACUCCCAGAGGCCCACAGCCCCUGCGCAGCUGCCCUGUCUGCAGAUCCUUCCUGCCUGGGUUGCCCGCAGCACCGGCUGUCAUACCAUUAGGGUAUCUGAAUCCAAGUAAAGGACACAGCAAAGGAAUAGCAAAGGCUGCCUCCCUUGAGCCCCUGACGUGCUGGCAGCGUGGGCCCUGGAAGCUGGAGGCAGGUAGGGGGAAGGCGCUCGGGUUCCUGGGUAGUGUAAACCCAGUCCAAGAGGAGUGGCCCCUGCAGAGCGCCCCGCAGCAGCCCCGCACGCUGGCCCUCCAUCUGCCUCUUCGCAGCUUCUGAGUGUUCGUAGAGCCCUGCUCCUUCCUGCCCAGCCCCGAGCCCCCGCUCUGCACCUGCUGCUUGUCUGCCGUUGAGUCUCCGCUUCCCUUGUGGCUCAGGUGCUGUGGGACCUCCGUGCAUUCCGUCUUCAAAGCUGUGUGAAGUCCUUCUCUUUUCUCUGAGGGGAUCGGGGGAGGGCCAGCAUGAUUACCUGUUCCAGUGUAGAAAACGUGACAUCGACUACAAAAGGACAAUAAAUGUUAAGUUAAAUGAAA